ACAGCCGCCUCCAAUCGGCGAGAAGCACGCGCUGUAAUCUGUGGCUGAAAUUCAAACUUUAAGCGUCUGCUGAAAAAAAGGAAAAAUCCCCAACAGCAGCAGCUGUCACAGCGAGCGGAUCAGACGCGGAGGCAUGUAGCGGAGGAAUUAAGCGCACAAAAGAGGAAAUGUGACCGACAAUGUGACGUUUCGGAGCUCGGCCGAGGAUUAGCACGGUCUCCAGCGGUGCUGAUUCCUUUUCCUCUAAAAAUAGGCGAAUAUCGGUGUCCGCGCGCCUUCGCUGCCGCGAACCGAGAUGUUGGUUUGUUGAAAGUGCGGAUCGACUCGUUGGACUGAACUACGUGUUUCACCGCGGAAGACGUGAAUAAUCAGAGCGUGUUGUGAUUUUUCUCCGUCUCAGCGGACGGAGCCGGAGCCGGAACCGGAGCCGGACCCCGCCCGGGCCAGCGUCUCGGCGCGCGGAUUUCACCUUCUUGCGCUGCUUUGGGGGAAAGCGACGCAACCAGCUUGCGCCGCUGCGGACUGACGGUUCAGACCGCGCACAUUAGCGGAAUGCGCCGGCCUUGAAAUAGUUUUAUUUGUUAAACAGCCGAACGUGGAGGCGCGUUCUGCUGAGCACCGCAGACGCAAACGGAUCGUUGGACGGGGUGAUUUCCACCCAAGGACACCCGCUGCUGGUGGGUGUAGUUUCUCCACGCGCGGACGUCUAACGGCUUUUCAGAUGGACGUUAUUGGAAUAGCAGUUUAGCCUCCAGCGUCACUUUGGAUUCUUACUAAUGACUGGUCCAAUGAAACGGCUCAUUUACAUGGACGCAACGCACGCUCGAGUCCCCGUGGCUUUAAUUUGGAGCAUCGGUAAUUGGAGUUUGGGAGGUGAACGGAAGCUAAAACGAGUUUUCUCUGGCCCCAGCGUCCACCCAUGUAUCAGGUCUGAUGGUGAGACCACCGGCACCUGGAUUACCGAUCCAGCCUCUUAAUCAGUGUGACUGCGUCUAUUCCUGCAGUUCGGCUACUGCCCCCCCCCCCCCCACACACACACACAGACACACACACACACACACACACACACACACACACACACAACCCCGUUUAUCCAGUCCUAGAAAACUAUCGAGCUAGUCCCUCUCCCUCUCCGUGUGGUUCCGAAGGGAGUCGCGCAGUGGAGGAGACCAGGAGUUGGGAUGAGCUGCAGAACCUGCUCGUCUUUCGAGGCAUUUAACUGAUUUAACUAAUCGAUCAGUGGAGCGACCGGAGACGAAGGCGAUAAGACGAGCGGACAGGCGCUGGAGAUCGAUGAAGGUUGUCAUCCUCCUGUAACCCUGAGGCCAGUGAUGUGACUGGAAUGUGAAGGCCCCAUAAAGGAUCCGGCUGCACCUGAGGACUUCCUGCUUCCCGAGAAAACGCAGGCCGCUGCAGUUUGAGCCCAGUCCCCACAGCUGGACCUGGUCCUGCCGGGCUGCUGGAUCCACCCUGAAGGCCUGCAGGUGAGCAGCCAUGGACGUGGCCUCCUCGUGCACGUGGCUCCUGCCUCUCCUCCUCUGCGUCCUGUCCUCCUGCUCCUCGUCCAUGCUGUGUCCCAAGCGCUGCACCUGCCAGAACCUGCUGCCGUCCUACACUGUGCUGUGCGCUAAGACGGGCCUCCUCUUCGUGCCACCCAACAUCGACCGGCAGACGGCCGAGCUCCGCCUGAUGGACAACUUCAUCACGACGCUGAGGCACCGCGACUUCGCCAACAUGACGAGUCUGAUCCAUCUGACCCUCAGCAGAAACACCAUCAGCCAGAUCCGGCCGUUCGCCUUCGCCGACCUCCAGGACCUGCACGCGCUGCACCUGGACGCCAACCGCCUCACCGUCCUGGACGACGCCCACUUCCAGGGGCUGGUGAACCUGCGGCACCUCAUCCUGGCCAACAACCAGCUGCACAGCAUUUCAGAGGGCGCCUUCCAGGAUUUCCUUGAGACCCUGGAGGACUUGGAUUUGAGCUACAACAACCUGGUGGACAUCCCCUGGGAGACCAUCGCCCUGUUGGUCAGCGUCAACACCCUCAGCCUGGACCACAACCUCAUAGAGAGCGUCCCUGAGGGAAUUUUCUCCAACCUGCACAAACUUGCCAGACUGGACAUGACGUCCAACAAGCUGAAGAAAAUCCCUCCUGACCCGCUGUUCCUCCGCAUCCCAGUGUACGCCAAGAUGAAGGGUUCUCCGCUGACGGCGCUGGUGCUGAGCUUCGGAGGGAACCCUCUGCACUGCAACUGUGAGCUGGUGUGGCUCCGCCGCCUCACCAGGGAGGACGACCUGGAGACCUGUGCUUCGCCUAAAGACCUGGCCGGAAAAUACUUCUGGACCAUCAGAGAGGAGGAGUUCGUCUGCGAGCCGCCCAUGAUAACCCGUCACACAUCCAAGAUGUUUGUGAUGGAGGGUCAGGAGGUCAGCCUGCGCUGCAAGUCCAUCGGGGACCCAGAACCCUCCACACACUGGGUCAGCCCAGAUGGAAAGCUGAUUGGAAACACGUCCAGAACCAUCUGCUACGAGAACGGCUCGCUGGACAUCCUCAAGGCCUCCGUGAAGGACUCUGGAAAAUUCACCUGCAUAGCGUCCAACGCGGCUGGAGAGGCCACGGCUCCUGUCGAGCUGGUCGUCAACCCCUCUCCUCACUUUGACCCCAAACUGGACCUGGACCCGGGCCCGUCCGACAUCCCCACGUCCAUCAAGUCCAACGUGAGCGGAGGCCACGCCCGGCCCGAGCAGCAGAGGGUCAGCGUGUCGGAGCUGACGUCUAGCUCCGCCACCAUCCGAUGGCCCCCGCAGAACCACAUCCCAGGGGUCCGCAUGUACCAGAUCCAGUACAACAGCUCCACAGACGACAUCCUCAUAUACAGAAUGAUCCCGGCUAAUCACAAGUACUUCCUGCUGAGCGACCUGGCGUCGGCGCGGGACUACGAGCUGUGUGUUCUGGCCGUGUACGACGACGGGAUGACGGCGCUGACCGGGACCAAGCUGGUGGGCUGCGUGUCCUUCAGCACGGAGACGGAGUACGGGCGCUGCCACUCCAUACGAGACCAGUUCCUGGGUGGUACCAUGAUCAUAAUCAUCGGUGGGAUCAUUGUAGCUUCUGUCCUCGUCUUCAUCUUCAUCCUCCUGAUGAAGUACAAGCUGCACAGUAACCACUACAAACAGAAGGCCACUGCCCGUCACGCCCACGUCUGUUCCCAGACCAACGGAGGAGGAGGAGGAGGAGGAGGAGGAGGCGGAGGCGGAGGCGCGCUGGUGCUGCCUCCGUCCUCCUCCUCUGCGGUGCAAGGUGGAGUCGCUCAUAAGAACUCUCAGCCGUCAGCGUCCACUGAUGGAACAGCGGGCGCUUCUCUACGAGGGACAACUGUAGUGGACUUAAAUCCAACGCGAGACGAUGACGCCAUUUCACAAUAGCACAAGAAACUGUCCCACGGCCGUUUGGGCCCCGGCUUCACUUCCAGACUCACACUCUGCCCCACCUGACACUUUCUUAUGUUUUUAUUCGUCGCUGGCGCCUGAAGCCAGACUCCACCUUACGCCGAGGAGCAGCUGCUGCCGCGGAUUUCCUUACGUUCCGUCUGGCAGUGCUGGAGGGAGAAGAGGCGGAGAAGCCCCAAACGCCAACACGAUCACAUGAAGUCAUGUGAACAUCUACUGAGCAGAUGGGAAUAAGCAAAACCUGUUGAUAUGCAAAAGGUCUCAUCACUGCUGCGAUUAAAGUCGCUGGAUACAGGUCAGACUGACGGUUCCCAACCACAGCCUCAGAACACAAACAUGGAAUCUCUUCCUCUGUCCAGAGCUCGCUGGCUGUGUUUAUGCUCCGUAUGUGACAUUUAGAACCUGUGUGGACACUAAAUGAUGCUCUGAUGACUUGCGUGGAUGUGGAGAGACCCACUGCAGGGCUUUUCUCCCAGAUGUUCAAGAUCGUGGUUGAUCAGCGGUUGGUGGCUCCUCUCUUUCCCUAGCAUACAGUCAUAUGCCAAAGGAUUAAAAGUGUUAUGACUGCAUCAUAUCGGGAGACACAGACUUCCAGAAGCACCUCUCUACUAACUCUCAGUCAAAGAGCACGUAUGUGUUGGGACUAAGAAUAUGAGCACAUUGUCAACGUCUUGUCUCUCGAAGCAUCAGUAAUAACGAACUGUCCGAACAGUGAACCUCUCUGGCACUUUAUUCAUGUCUCCAGCUGAUCCCUCCUCCUGCUCCUCUCUCCCCCCCCCCACCCCACCCCCUCUCUCUCUCUCUCUUCUUCUCUCUCUCUCAUUUUCAUGAAAAACUAAACAAUGACUUUCCAGUAUUUUUCUGGCUGCGAGCGGUUUAAAAACACUGAAAUAAUCCGUGUGUUUGCGUCGAUGGUGGAUUGGUUUUCUCUUUGUCAGAGUAUUUUAAAAGAUUUGAUGUCCCAAGCAUGGAGCCUUGAGGAACACCAGAUGGAAUCUAUUCAAGCCGAGCUUAAAGAACGUGUCUGGCUCCAGGUUUACAGUGACAGCUGGUGAAUUAUGAUCCUGAUGUUUGACACUGGUGAGCUACUGUACGUGAAGUUGACUGUGAGUGUUCCUAUACUAAAAGCUGGUGCUCCAGAUCGUGCUAGACGGUCCAGCAGAACUUGCGCUGUCUGACCCCCCCUUCACCACAGGCCCCUCCUUUUGCCCUUUGACAGUGUCUGUGUUUGUAUGUAACACACACCUACAGUGUUCAAUGGUUUGAUACCCAUGAUUUACUUUGAAUAUAAUGAAGCAAUUGACCAGAGUGAGAAGAAAAACACAACAUGCGAAAGGGGAUUUUAUGCUUUCAUAGAUACAAUAAUGUGGAUUUAUAAAGAAAUAAAAAAGUAUUUUUCUUGGAAAACAA